CUCAGAAGCUCCAGAAGUGAAGAUUUGUGGUCUCUUUUGUUGCACUUGGUGGUUUCACCAUUGCAGUAAAGCUGAAUGACUGACUUGAGGUUUAUCGUUUGGUAAAAACGUUCCGUUUUUGCUUCCUUCCUUCUAGCCAGCUUCUUCGUUAUAGUGAACUUCCUCGGAGGGGGGGUGAGACAGAGGCAGAAGGGGCGGGGUGGAGACCGGCGCUCUCCUUGUCCUUGGCGGAGGAAGGAAUCCGUAGUAAGAGAUGCUCCUGACCGGUCAGGCUUUCGGGUUCUUCGUGCUGCGGGGGUGAGAAGCACGAAAGGAAGAGCGCGGCUCCUUGGCCAGUCUCCCGGGGCCAUGGGCGGAAGGGAGCGGGGUCCGAGCUGAUCCGCAGCGAUCCCCUUCAGAUCAUCGACAGCCAACUUCUACCAAAAGGUCCCCCAAAGCCCUUUGGAGCGAAAUCGUUCGGAGAGCCUCCCAAGAAGAAAGAGCGAGGAAGAUAUCGCGGUGGCUGCGUUUAGAUAACCGGGAUAACCAGGAUGAUCGGACGGGAUCCGAUCGAGGGCAGCGCCUAAGUUUCCUCAGAGGACGGCAGGGGUCUUCGGUUGGACUGGAGCUGCACGGGGGCGCCUGGUUGGAGGGCGAUGUCGUUGCACCGGGCUCCCCUCUUGCUCUGGGGAGCUGUGCUGGGGUCCUUCGUGCUUGGGACUUUUUGCGCCUCUCCUUCACAUUCCCUGUCCUACUCCUACCUGCAACUUUCAGAGCCCACUCAGGGCCAGAACCAGUUCCUCAUUAGGGGCUACUUGGAUGACCAGCCCAUCAUCCGCUUUGACAGCCACACCUGGAAGAUGGAGCCUCUGGUGCCCUGGAUGGAGGAGGUGGAGAAGGAGAUGUUUCUGGUCCCUGAGUGGGUCUUCAGGGAUGACCUGGACAAGUUAUCAAAACGGGACCAACAUGCUGGAGGGCUUCACACCUGGCAGGUAAAUUUGGGCUGUGAGCUCAAGGAAGAUGGGAGCAAAAGAGGAUUUUUGCAUUAUGGCUACGAUGGGAUGGACUUCAUCAGCUUCGACCAGGAGACCCAUAGAUGGGUGACAGCUCAGCCUCUGGCCGAGAAGGUGAAGAAGAAGUGGGAGGAGGACCCAGGGUGGUUCCAUGGAAACAAAGUCUUCCUGGAGGAGACCUGCAUUGAGUGUCUGCAGAGACACCUGUCCUACCAGAAGGAGGUUCUGCAGAGGAUUGAGCCUCCGGUGGGGAAGGUGACCCGCAAGGUGGUGGAUGGCAGCCUGGAGGUCCUCAUCUGCCAGGCCUUUGGCUUCUACCCCAAAGAGAUCAGGAGCACCUGGACGAGGGAUGGAGAGGUCUGCCAGUAUGAGACCCUCCAUAAGAACAUGGCCCCCAACUCAGAUGGGACCUAUUAUGUCCUGCUCAGCAUUGAGAUCCACCCCAAGGAGAGGGACCAUUUUCGGUGUUACUUGGAGCACGAGGGCUUGCGGGAGCCCCUGGUCUUGGCCUUGAAGGAGGAAACAGCUAAUAUAUGGUGGAUUUCCUUGGGAAUUGUGAUUGCCAUGAUCUUGAUUCUCUUCCUGAUAUGCCUGUGGUGGCGAUUUAGGAAAAAUAUAUCCCAGCAAGUGAAAUCUGAUUAUAUUUUUCCUGAAAUGGCGGCUUUCCCCCUUGUUUAUGGUACAGAAAGUGAGAUUCAAUCACAGAGAAUUAUCCAACCCCAAGUAACUGUAGAGAAUGCCCUCAAAGCCCCUGUGUCAAAAUUGUCCACGCAAAAUCAGAAGCACCAGAGGCUCACAAGGUGUCAAUCGUCGCCUGGAGAGUUGGGGGUAUCUUUACAGACACCGGCUGAAGCAGGAGCAACAGAGUUUGGAGUGAGAAUGAUCCGACAGCCUAUGGACAGCCCAGGAUCCCUAUUCCAGUGCCCGGAAGUCUCAGAAGCUUUCAAGCCUUCGGGAGAGACUUGGGAGGACCAGCCACACAGCUACCUAGGAGGGUUCCUGUCAUCAGUGGGCCUGUGGUGGCAAUUUUUGAAAAAUACACUCCAGCCAGUGAAAUCUGGCUAUAUUAUUUCUGAAAUGGCUGCUUUCCCCCUUGUUUAUGGUACAGAAGAUGAGAUUCAAUCACAGACAAUUCUCCAACCCCAAGUAACUGUAGAGCACGAAGCAUCCUGUGGAUCAUGGGGGCCUCAGAAUGCCCUCAAAGCCCCUGUGUCAAAAUUGUCCAUGCAAAAACAGAAGCACCAGAGGCUCACAAGGUGUCAAUCGUCGCCUGGAGAGUUGGGGGUAUCUUUACAGACACCGGCUGAAGCAGGAGCAACAGAGUCUGGAGUGAGAAUGAUCAGCCAGCCUAUGGACAGCCCAGGAUCCCUAUUCCAGUGCUUGGAAGGCUCAGAAGGGUUUCAGAGCUGGUGGAGUGGCUCUGAGCUGAGUGAAGAUGGUCACAAGCAUGGGAGUUACCAGAAUGCCUGUGAUGGGGAAGACUUCAUUAGCUUGGAUCGGAGGUCCUGCACUUGGGCCAGAGAUGAGAUCCACACUCUGGUGACCAAGAGAAGGAGGGAAGUUGAGCCUUUCGUCGCCAAGAGCAGGAAUAACAUUUUAGAGAAGGAAUGGAUGAAGCCGCCUCAGAAGUUCAUGAUGUAUGGAAAGGAUUGUUUGCUGAAGAAAGAUCGCCCAGUGGCUGAAAUAACUCCCAGGAUCCAGUGCAACCACAAGGACUGCCAAGGCCAUGGCUUCUGUUCCAAAGAGGACUUUGCCACCAAGAGAAAGUAUUGGGAAGAUGUUCUCCAAACUCAGACUGGGUUUAGGAUGCCUGGCUGCAUAGAAGGAGAUGGCCCAGUGGCUGAAGGAACUCCCAGCAUCCAGUGCAACCACAAGGACUGCCAAGACUAUGGCUUCUGUUUAGAAGGUUGGAAACUCUCGAUGAAAGAACUCAACACUCGCACUGAGCUUAUGAUGCCUGACUUCAAAGAAGGAGUCAGCAGCCAGGAUUCUGAAAGGCCUCCAGUGGGUCCCUCUGCUGAAUGAAUCCAUUGAUGGGAAGAAAGCGGAGUCCAUCACCUGAGGUUCCUUCCACAUUUCAUGCAUGGAUAUUGCUUCAUGCCAGUAUGGAGUCAGUUGACUACGUUUUUUGGGGGGGAAAGCUCUUUCCACACGCUGCAUUGAUGGGGCUUAUAUUUGUAUGUCUAUGGAGAUUCUCAGUCAUCCAGGUCCUGGUUGACCCAAAGGUUCUUUUUGGUGAGGCAACUGAACUUUC